UCCGCUUCCGUUUCCAUCCCACGGACUCGCGACUACCAAAUGUUGUCCCUUCCUCUUCCUCCCCAUGCCGAAGCCCCCAACCCCAAGCUCCCGACCACCUCCGCCUGCCUCCUCCGCCCGCGCGGCCGUCUCCUGCUCGGGUCCAGGUCCAGCAGAGCCGCCACGAAGAAUCUCUCGGCUGCCUCCCCGGAUGCUUCGAGCCUGCGCCUCGCCUCCGUGGCCGUGCCCUCCCCGCGCGCCUCUGUCCGACGCCCAGACGGCGGUGGCCUCCUCGUCCUCUCCGUCGAUGCUUCCGCGGUUGCAAUAUCUGCGAGCUUCAUAUUCUUUUCGGCGGUUCCCUCCAUGUUGGUAGGUUGGUCCAUUCGGUAGAACUUAAAAUUCUAAAAGAGAAAUGAUGCGAAGCAUCCUAUGGACAUCAUCAUGUCAAGAGUCCAUUUGGCAAGUGACACGUGCGACAUCUACUUCA